CCGCUCCGGCCCCGCCGCGUCCCCGCGAUGUCGCCGCGCUCCGCCCGCCUGGCGCGGCUGUCGCGCUCCGUCACCUUCAGCGCCAGCCACCGCCUGCACAGCAAAUCCCUGAGUGAUGAGGAGAACCUGAAGCUCUUUGGGAAGUGCAACAAUCCCAAUGGCCACGGACACAACUACAAAGUUGUGGUCACCGUGCGUGGAGAGAUUGACCCGGUCUCGGGGAUGGUGAUGAACCUGACAGACCUGAAGGAAUACAUGCAGGCAGCGAUCAUGGAGCCCCUCGACCACAAAAACCUGGACAAGGACGUGCCCUACUUCUCUGAGGUGGUGAGCACCACGGAGAACGUGGCUGUGUUCAUCUGGGACAGCCUCCAGAAGCUCCUGCCCCAGGGCGUCCUGUACAAGGUGGAGGUGCACGAGACGGGGCAGAACGUGGUGGUUUACAAGGGAGAGGAAACAAUUGUCAAGUGAAAUCAGCCUGGCCUCAGCUGCUCCGCAGAAAUCUCAUGAUAUAUUAUAUCAUCUCUGUGGAUCCCUGCCCAGCAUUUCCUGCAGCCAGCCCUGGUUCUGUGCUUCAGCAGGAUGAGGGCAGGUGUUUCACCAGGACCCUCCCAUCUGGC